CCUUGCUGGACGUUUGGUUCCUGCCCUGAGCUCUUCAAGCGCCAUCUUGCUCCCUUGGCUAGGGCGCCCGGCUUGGAGUUGCUGUGUGUCUAAGGAAACGACUCAGCUGCACUUUCCCAGAGAAGGAUGUCCAGCUUACUGCCUUCCAAGAAACGUAAAGUAUCUGAACCUGAUUCAGCAGCACUGGAUUCUCCGCCCCCUAUGUUGGACGAGUCCUCAGGACCAAUGACUGCUGUACCAAAGAAUAGUGACACAACCAUAGAUGAAGCUCUUUACUCCCGUCAGCUGUAUGUGUUGGGUCAUGAGGCAAUGAAACAUCUCCAGAAAUCCAGUGUGCUGAUAUCAGGUUUGCGGGGCCUGGGUGUGGAGAUUGCUAAGAACAUCAUCCUUGGUGGUGUAAAGGCUGUCACACUCCACGAUGAAGGCACUGCUCAGUGGUCUGACCUCUCUUCCCAGUACUAUCUGCAAGAGGAUGAUAUUGGUAAAAACCGAGCUGAGGUGUCACAACCCCGGCUUGCCGAACUCAACAGCUAUGUACCUGUCAGCACCUACAGGGGACCCCUUGAGGAAGACUUCCUUAGUGGUUUCCAGGUGGUGGUCCUUGCGAACACUCCUUUGCAGUGCCAGCUCCAGGUGGCUGAAGUGUGUCACAGUCGUGGAAUCAAGCUGGUGGUAGCAGAUACUCGGGGCCUAUUUGGGCAGCUCUUCUGUGACUUUGGGGAGGAAAUGCUUCUCAGGGAUUCCACUGGGGAGCAACCACUAAGUGCGAUGGUGUCUAUGGUCACCAAGGGCAACCCUGGAAUUGUCACCUGUCUGGAUGAAGCGCAGCACGGAUUUGAGAGUGGCGAUUUUGUCUCCUUCUCAGAAGUUCAGGGCAUGAAGGAACUCAAUGGCAGAGAGCCCAUAGAGAUCCAAGUGCUAGGUCCCUAUACAUUUAGUAUCUGUGAUACCUCCAGCUUCUCUGAUUACAUCUGUGGAGGCAUCGUUAGUCAAGUGAAACUAUCUAAGAAAAUUAGUUUUAAACCCUUAGUAGCCUCACUGGCAGAGCCGGACUUUGUGAUAACAGACUUUGCUAAGUAUUCCCACCCUGCACACCUGCACAUUGGCUUCCAAGCCCUACAUGAAUUCUGUGUUCAGAACAGCAGGCAACCUAGACCUCAUAAUAAGGAGGAUGCAGAAAAAGUGGUAGCCCUAGCACAGGCUGUGAAUGCUGGAGCCUUGCCUUCUGUCCGGCAGGACAUCCUGGAUGAAGACCUCAUUCGGAAGUUGGCCUAUGUGGCUGCUGGUGAUCUUGCACCAAUUAAUGCUUUUAUUGGAGGCCUGGCUGCACAGGAGGUCAUGAAGGCCUGUUCAGGGAAGUUCAUGCCCAUCAGGCAGUGGCUGUACUUUGAUGCUCUUGAGUGUCUCCCUGAAGACCAGGAAGGCUCCAUGGAAGAUAAAUGUGUCCCCCACCAGAACCGUUAUGAUGGACAAGUAGCUGUGUUUGGCACAGACCUGCAGGAGCAGCUGGGCGAGCAGAAGUACUUUCUGGUGGGCGCAGGGGCUAUUGGCUGUGAACUGCUCAAGAACUUCGCCAUGAUUGGACUAGGCUGUGGGGAGCAUGGCGAGAUCACAGUUACUGACAUGGAUACCAUUGAGAAGUCCAAUCUGAACCGACAGUUUCUAUUCAGAUCCUGGGAUGUCACAAAAUCAAAGUCUGAGAGAGCUGCUGCGGCAGUGCGUCAAAUAAACCCGCAUAUCAGGGUGAUAAGCCACCAGAAUCGUGUGGGCCCUGAUACAGAACACAUCUAUACUGAUGACUUCUUCCAAAACCUGGAUGGUGUGGCCAAUGCACUGGACAAUGUGGAUGCCCGCAUGUAUGUGGACCAGCGCUGUGUAUUGUAUCGUAAGCCUCUGCUGGAAUCAGGCACCCAGGGCACCAAAGGCAGUGUGCAGGUGGUUAUUCCUUUUCUGACAGAGUCCUACAGGUCUAGCUAUGACCCACCUGAGAAGUCGAUCCCUAUCUGCACACUGAGGAACUUCCCCAAUGUCAUCGAGCACACCCUGCAGUGGGCUCGGGAUGAGUUUGAAGGUCUCUUUAAACAACCAGCAGAAAAUGCCAACCAGUAUCUCACGGACCCCAAGUUCAUGGACCGGACACUGGGGCUAGCUGGCACCCAGUGUUUGGAGGUCCUGGAAGCUGUGCAGCGCAGCCUGGUGCAGCAGCGACCACACACCUGGGUUGACUGUGUGACCUGGGCCUACCACCACUGGCACACAAAAUAUUCCGACGACAUCCAGCAGCUGCUGCACAAUUUUCCUCCCAACCAGCUCACAAGUUCAGGAGCACUGUUCUGGUCUGGGCCCAAACGCUGUCCACACCCACUGACCUUUGAUGUAAACAAUUCUCUGCACCUGGACUAUGUGAUGGCUGCUGCCAACCUGUUUGCCCAGAUGUAUGGACUGACAGGGUCUCAGGACCGAUCUUCCCUAGUCACACUUCUGCAGUCCCUUCCGGUCCCCAGAUUUACUCCCAAGUCGGGUGUGAAGAUCCAUGAUUCUGACGAGGAGCUGCAGGACAGCAGUGCUUCUUUUGAUGACAGCCACCUGCAGGAAGUGAAGGGGAAACUUCCCAGUCCAGCCAGUCUCUCAGGGUUCAAGAUGCAUCCCAUUGACUUUGAGAAGGAUGAUGACAGCAACUUCCAUAUGGAUUUCAUCGUAGCUGCAUCCAACCUUCGAGCUGAGAACUAUGACAUUUCUCCUGCAGACCGUCAUAAGAGCAAGAUGAUUGCAGGAAAGAUCAUCCCAGCCAUUGCGACUACAACAGCAGCUGUCGUUGGCCUUGUGUGUCUGGAGCUGUACAAAGUGGUACAGGGACACCAAAAGCUUCAGUCCUAUAGGAACAGUUUCAUCAACUUGGCACUACCUCUCUUCAUCUUCUCUGAGCCCCUUGCACCACCCCGUCACCAGUACUAUCACCGAGUAUGGACAUUGUGGGAUUGCUUUGAGGUACGGGGACGGCAGCCUAAUGGUGAGGAAAUGACCCUCAAGCAGUUCCUAGAUUACUUUAAGACAGAGCAUAGAUUGGAGGUGACUAUGCUGUCACAGGGUGUGUCUAUGCUCUAUUCCUUCUUUAUGCCGGGAGCCAAGCUUAAGAAACGGUUGGAACAGCCUCUGACAGAGAUUGUGAGCUGUGUUUCAAAACGAAAACUGGGCCAACAUGUUCGCACCCUGGUGUUGGAGCUAUGUUGCAGCGAUGUGAAUGGAGACGAUGUUGAAGUGCCUUAUGUACGCUACAUCAUCCGCUGACCCCAGGAUACCCUUUUUACCCUCUCCUUUUUCAUUUCAGUUUUCUUCCAUAUCGCUUCUAAUUGUUAUAAAACCUAAGCCUACCUGGGCAUUUUAGUCCUGCUUGUUUUUAAAUAUGUUUUUGACUGCUUCUUUCUACUUUGUUUGAAGUUGAAAUUUAUAAUAAAGAGUUGCCCAGGUGUGGUGUGCUCUUGUUUGGAAAA